ACCAUCCCAUGGUCAAAGGAUCCAAAGCCUUCUCUCCGACACCACCUGCAUAGCCAUCUCCUCUCUCUUGCCAGCACCUUGACACCUGCCCUGGAGCCAGAUCUGGAGACCCACAUCCUUCGAGCUGCCCUGCAUGCCGUCUUCACCCUGGGCACAGAGAAGGACACCACCCAAGUCCAGGAUCUGCAUAGGGUCUUACCAGACCUCCUGGAUGCCAUGCUGGGGAACCUGCUGGCAGAGUCCCCAGACACCGACUGGCUCCACUACAUUUUGGAGCAGACUAACUACUGGAUCGUGUCCAGGGUGUCGCAAGAGAGAGGCAGGGCCAUUAGGAGCAGCACGGCCCUGCUCAGAUUCACCAUCACCCUCCCUGAGUUUGACAACUCAGCAGAAUUCCCCAGGAUGGGUCACCGUGGGGCACAGCUGGCUCUGUCCAUCGGUCACCCAGCCAAGGACAUCAGCCGGCAGGCCAGGGAGCGUGUUUACCGGCUCUACCAGCUGCUGCUGCACCAGAGGGGGCUGACCAUCCAUGAGGCCGAAGACCUGUGGUGCUGGGAGUGGCACCAGGACAGCAGGCUCCUGGGAUACAGGAACACAGCCCGGGUGGGGGAGGUCUUUGGAAAGUUCUUCGCGGAGGGGCAGAGAAGAUUCUUCCUCCGGACGGCAGUGCUGGCCAUCAACAACCCCCUGCUGCGUGUCAGCCAGGCUGGGCUGGUCCUGGCCUUCUCCCUCCUGGGGGAAGUCCAGCAGCUGAUGGGAGACAAGGACAUGGUGCUAUCGCUCUUGGGAAGGGCAGAAGAGUCCCCUAAGUGCCCUCUACGAGCCAGGGCCCCAAGAAGGUAGAAAGAAAGGAGAAGGUGUCUUCUGAC